GUUACAAACGGAAUGACAAAGUAAAUAUACCCUCCAUAGUAUGGUGUAAGCAUGGUACAAUGAUAUCAAGGUAGGGUUAUGAUACCAUAUUUGCUUAUGUAUGUGUUUUCUUCUCAAUAACAAAAAAAUUGUUCAGAAAAUAUUGAAAUUCGGGUGUUUUCAAAAUGUUUAUAUCAACGUAUGCAUCGACAAAAUCUAGAGUUUUUGUAGCGAAAUAAUCCUUUAGAGAUAUGUAGUACAUGAUUUUGAAAAGAAGUGUUGACCUUUCAUUCAGUUAUCGCGGUUUUCAAUUAUUUAUUCAAAAUAAAUGCAACAAGUUGUUUGAUUUUUUAUUGUUUUGAUACUAAUUCUGACAUUACAAGCCAAACAGGAAGACCUCUAUACUUGCAAUUUUUUCAAAGUUGACCUACCUUCUCUUCAUUGUACCAUGGGUGUAAGAUAUCUUGCAAAAGAGUGUAUGACAGUACCUUAUUCUCUCAGAAAGAAGUUUCUGUACAAUUAGUGCAGAAAAAGUAAGCAGACACACCUAAUAUUUCCAACUUUUGUCAAAGCAGUUGCCACAAUUUAAACGGAGGUUUUUAUAAACAAAUAAUACAAAUAAAUGAUAUUUCGAAAUAUUAUUUGCUAAAAACUAAACGAAAUUUUAGUUUAAGACAUCUUUCAAAUUUUAUUAAAAAGCCCUUUGGACCAUUCAUUGAAACAUGGAUAACAAAUUAACACAGCUUUCAGUGGCCCUAUCAAAGAAAACUGACAACAUUCAUUUUUUAAAACCCAUCUUCAACCAAAGCCAUUUUAACGCUUAUGGACCUUUGGACUCAAAAUAUGAAGCUAUUGGCGACAGAGUCUUUCAAUCAAGCGCCUUGAAGAUAUUUGCUGCGGUGUUAUUGUACAUCUGGCGACAGAGAGGAAAGGAAUUAAAUGAAUUGAAGGAAUCUGUAAUCACCCUCCGAGAAAAGUUAUGCCAAAGUAAAUAUCAACUCGAAUAUUGCCACUCUCAAUUACGAGCCGAAGAGAACAAAAAUCAUGAACUCAAAUGUCAGCUGAACAACAUCCUUAAUAUGUUGCACGAAACUCAAAUGUCCUGCAAAGGAUUGUCAGACACGAUAUUCAGCUUGAAGACUGAUAAGAGGCUAUUGGAACAGGAGCUUAAAAUGAAAUACGAGGACUAUAACGCCCUGCAUACGAUAUUAAUUGAUACCAGAAAAGAUUUAGUUCAGAGCAUUCUGGAACAGCACAGCCACCUUUUAGCGAUCUCUCAAAAACAGCGAUCCUUUGAAAUAUUGGAAAACCAUGCCAACCAACUCCGACAACAAAUGGCCGAUUUGUCUCGCAAACAUGCUGAAACAAAACUUCAAUUAACGGAUAUGAUCCACAUGGCGAAUACAAGUGGCGCCGAAUCUAAACGAAAACAUCUUGGUAAUUCGCAAGUAUGUCAAACAACGGAUAGCAUUUACGAUCGCAGAACAUUUUGGCAGAAACAUAUUAACAUCGGCAGAUCAUGGCAGAAACAUCUAUCAGCACUUUGGACUCAAUGGGGGAAAUUCCAAUAUGUUGCCGUUCAAUAUGCCCACAUAUUUACUUUCUAUUUACUUCCAGCCAUUCCCCCUCCACCUGGCAAAUGUCUGGGAAUAUAACAUAAUUCAAGAAAUAACUGCAUGCAAAUAGUUUAAGAAAAUCAGGCCUGUUUACACAUCAUGAUAGAGUCAUCUGUAAAAUGGGAUUUUUUCACAUUUAUUUUUAGCAUUUUUAUAGCAUGCUUUAAGGUGUAUCCCAUACUUUUUAAACCAAUAACGUUUCGUAAUAUUAUACAAUUAAUAUAUUUAUAGUAAACACAAAAUAUUUUAGACCAAAGGAAACGCUUUAUAAAUUAAUAUCUUUAAAGUUUAAAUAUUAUGUUUAAAAGUUGAUGGAAACGCUUAAAAGUAUACUGUAAAGAUGCUAUAUAAAAUGUGAAAAUGUCACUUUAAGUCUAACUCGAACAUAAUGUGUAAACUAGCCUGUAACAUUACGAAAUUAUCAGAAAACGGAGAAUAAAAUAAAUUAAUCUUUUUACUA